AUGCCGCUCGAAAACAUCAAGAAGAUCAUGCUCGUCCUCUCCGGCAAAGGAGGGGUAGGCAAAUCAAGCGUCACCACCCAACUUGCUCUCACGCUAUCACUACAAGGACAUUCGGUCGGCGUCCUCGACAUAGAUCUUACAGGUCCCUCAAUACCCCGUUUCUUUGGCAUUGAAGAGCAUAAAGUGCGGCAAGCGCCCGGUGGUUGGAUUCCUGUGCCCGUUCACGACAAGCAAAACCUACCUGCCUCCGCAUCAUCACAUAACGGCUCCUCGAAUGGCAGUACAUCUAAUAGCGCCACCGUGGAGAAAGAUGUAGGGUCUUUGUCAUGCAUGUCUUUAGGAUUCAUCCUCGCGAAUCGUAGCGAUGCUGUCAUCUGGCGCGGUCCCAAAAAGACGGCAAUGGUGCGCCAGUUUCUCACAGAUGUGCUCUGGCCGCCUCUCGACUUCCUCCUCGUAGAUACACCCCCAGGCACUUCCGACGAACACAUAUCUCUGCUUGAAACUCUUCUAAAGUCCACGUCCGGUCCUACCGCUCCACCCGGUCAACUUGCUGGUGCCGUCGUGGUUACCACACCGCAAGCCAUUUCCAUAUCCGAUGUCAAGAAGGAGUUGAAUUUCUGUAAAAAGACUGGCAUCAGAGUGCUUGGUGUUGUGGAGAACAUGGCAGGUUUCGUGUGUCCGAAUUGUAGCGAAUGCACCUAUGUGUUCAGCAAGGGCGGGGGGAAGGUCAUGGCGGACGACUUCGGCGUACCGUUCUUAGGCAGCGUGCCUAUCGACCCAGCGUUUGUGAUGUUGAUAGAAGAGGGCGUCCGACCAGUUUACCCGAAAGGUACCGUUGUGGGGGGGAAGGUCGCAAUCGAGAAGCAAAGCGAAGAAGGUUCAACGACUAGUGCAGAGAAGACGAGUGACGGGUUGCUGGUGGACAAAUACCGAGAUUGCAGCCUCGCGCCGUUAUUCGAUGGCAUCGUGGGAACGUUGGUGGAGGAUAUAAAGAGCAUGGUUUGA